UCUCUAUUCUUUAUCCUUCUUUAUUUUUAUGUGUUUUUCAGUUGUUAGCAUAAUCAAAAUGCGCUGAUAUACUAUACAUUUUUUUCCUCAGAUAAUUUUGUCCCAUUUUCAUCAUUCAUUUAAACUUCCUAGUUUCAUUUCUACCUUUACAUGUUGAUUUAUGUUCAGUUUGUUAUUAAUUUAUCAUUGUAAAUGUGAAGUUGCUGGUUUUGGGGAAUUUAGCUUCCUAUAUGGGAAUAUGGAGAUUUUUCGUUGAACUCAAUGAGAUUAAAACAGGGCACGCAGAAUGCAGGGAUUGGGAUUAAUUGGAAACAUAAGAGUUGCUGAGUUGGGUUCAAAUUUUGAUAGCUUUACUCUGUUUUUUUUUUCUAUUUGGGUCGCCUAAUCUUGGGCCAUUUACGGUUUGAAAUCAAAUUAAACAAUAGAAAUUUUAGUGUUUGAUCGGAAUUGUUAUGAUCCUAUUUGUUUGUAAGAAAAGAAAAUUCGAUAAGACAAGAACUGAGGUGCUGGCCGCAAUGUAAUUAGACGUGGGUUUAAUCAUACCACGUGUGAGUUCCACUGUCUUAAUUUAAUGGAGAAUGCAGCUGCAAGAUACUGCAGAUACAACCACCCUUAGUUAUUGGUUGAAUUGGAGGGUCUAUCUUUGUGCACUUUGUGUUUUGCUGCCCAUGGUUGUGGCGUUUCUUGUGAUAUGGAAGCAUGAAGGUUCGAGGGACUCUAUGCAUGGCAAAGGAAAAAAUCAGCAAGAUGGCAAUGGGACUUUACCUGGUGAUGAAGCAUGGAAACCAUGCCUAAAGGAAAUUCACCCUAUUUGUUUACUAGCUUUUCGAGUUAUUGCAUUUGCUUCUCUUUUGGCAACGCUGAUUGCCAAAGUUAGUAUUAAUGGUGGCACCAUAUUUUACUAUUACACGCAGUGGACUUUCACUUCGGUUACAAUUUAUUUUGCAUGUGGAUGUGUGCUGUCAGUGUAUGGGUGUUAUCAGUAUAAAACAUCAACAUUCUCCACCUCUAAUGUUAAUUUUGCUAGGAUAGAUGUAGACCAAGAACGAAACAUGCCUUUCAUGCAUCAUGAGGUUGCAAAUCUCUCUAGAAUGGAGGAUCAUGCUGAUACCCUGGUCGAAAUGCAUAGGGGUAGUGUGACAGCUACCUUGAGUUGCCUUUUUCGUGUUCUAUUCCAGAUGAAUGCAGGGGCAGUGAUGCUCACAGAUUGCGUUUAUUGGUUCAUUAUAUUUCCGUUUCUUACCCUGAAGGAUUAUGAUUGGAACUUUAUGACAGUGAAUAUGCAUACACUAAAUGUUAUCUUGCUCCUUGGGGAUACAGCUCUAAAUUGUCUGCAAGUUCCCUGGACUGGGAUGUCAUUCUUUGUGUUAUGGACAGGAGCUUUUGUCAUUUUUCAGUGGAUCAUUCAUGCUUGUGUCCCAAUUUGGUGGCCAUACCCAUUUCUUGAUUUAUCGUUGCCCCUUGCUCCAUUGUGGUAUUUGUUGGUCGGAUUGUUGCAUAUUCCAUGUUAUGGAUUAUUUGUGCUGAUUGUGGAAAUGAAACAUUAUUUCUUGUCCAAAUGGUUCCCAUCCUCUUACCAGUGCUGAAAGGAAAGAUCAACCGCUAUCUAAGUCGGGUCGCUUUAGAGCCAAUUGCUGUUUGGGUCUACUGCAAAACUAUAUCAGGGUGUGUUCUCCAGCUGCAAGAUGCUAUCCACAACUGAGUCCUUUUAACGCGCUCAUGGCCACAUCACAUUACUGAAAUUCCGCGAAUGCAGUAAUGUGAAGCAUCCAGAAUUCAUUUCAAUUAUGCUACCGCUUAAAAAUGCUUCCUCUCCAAAGGUAAGGCAAGAUUUAUGUAGGGAGCAAGUUGAGGAUGGGGAGCUCUUCAUUUUUAUGGCAUUAUUUCCUGUUCCCCAACUAAUGACUAAUUGGGUUAUAUAAGUCCAUUAAUUAAAGGUAGAACUAGAUUUUACUAGAAAUAUUAUACUAUAGUAUAAAUGGUAAUGUUAGAAGUUGGAUGUAGCCCAAUUAUACUCAUUACAUCAUAUUUAAUAUUUAAAACCCCUUUUGAGCUGCUUGUGAACCUUC